GGGUGUUUCAGACUCGGAUUUACUUCACUGGUAGUUGAAAGGUCCUCGCUCCUUCACUAAAUCGUAGGUAGAGAGCAAUAGCUUUCUGCUCAUGGAACCCGAGACCUCACCUUUACUUCCUCUCACACGAACACCCCGCGAUUUCCUACUUCGACCACACGCCUGUCCUCGCUUUUACUCCUCUACCUCACCUUUACUCCUCGACCGACCUUCCACCGCCGAACUUCCACCUCAUCUUUACUCCUCCACCUCACCUCCACCGCCGACUUUCUACCGCCACCUACCUACCUUCCUCCGCCAACCUUCCACCACCUUCCGCCCUCGACCUUCCGCCCUCGACCUUCCCCUCCUCCACCUUCUUCCUCCACCUUUCUCCUCCACUGACCUUCCUCCUCUCAACUACACCGCGCCCCAGCUCUGUCGCCUAUUAACCAGCCUAUUAAUCAGGCUAACCAUCAGGCCUGGUGUUGGCAGCUACGCCGCGAGCGACCUUCACCUUCAGCUCUCUCCCAGCCGACUACCCGACAACUUCCACCCGCUGCGCGCCUCAUCUCUGUCGCCUACUAAAGGUGACAUCACAUCAAGACUCACUACCAGUACUUUCCUCGUCAGUUUCACCACCGACACCUUAGCUGAGAGCACACUUUCUACACCAGGCCACCUCGACCUCCUCGACAGCGUGAUCGUGAUUACCAGAUAGAUUAUCAGUCUUUGUUUUCACUCGGACACCUCCAUAAAUAUCGUUGCUGCUUCUCUUGCUCCCAUGGAUCCCAAGGAGAAGAAGGAUGAGCCACCCCUUCCUUUAUCAAGGGAAGAGGUGGAGGAAGGACUAGCAUCUACCUCCAAGGAAGAAGCCAUGGAAAAGAAGUCAGGUUCAUCCACCAGAGCCUAUUCGUCAAAUCUAAACACGCAGAAGUCUAGGGCGAGGACGGAAAGGAUCAGAACUACGGAGCCGA